AUUAGACUAAAUGGUGUACUUUUUAAUUACAAUACACAUUUUUGUAGUAUUUGUUUAGUAUAAUUUAGGCCCUUUUAGGUCAUUUUUUAAAGUAUUUUUUAAAUUGAAAUUUCCAAUCAUGAGACUAAAUAAAUGGGUGUCCUAAGUUUUUCACAUGCCAGUAAAUGGCGCCCCCUGUGGCUGGUGGUCAAAUUGCAUUGGGGGAUUGUGCUAGCAUAAAUAUUAUCAAGUGAAAUAUUCAUGAGACAAAUACUUUAUGACUUCAAGGCCACUAGUCCCAAAAGAUGUUUUGCUUGAUGGCGGCCAUGUUUUUCAACCAAUCCGGCUCAAAUGUGACAUGCACACGCUCGUCCACCCCCCGCCGGUCCGUACCAAGUUUGGCUACGAUUGGAGAAAUAUGGGGGUUGAUCAGGGGUGCAUGUGUUGCCAAAUGUUCCCCCUGUUGUGGGUCAGGAGUAGAAGAGUUAGGUUACGCAAACAAGCGUCAACUUCCUCAGUCGGAGGUGUCACAUGAAGCUCCGCCCACGCAGUCGUCAGCUGACGUAUUUAUGCAGGUGGUUUCCUCUCAGGCGGCUGCACGUCAAGACGCCAGGGUGAGAAGCGCCGCAGUCUCAGUCUCUCCUCCUCGCUAUGUCCUCUCCACUUUGUCUCCCUGCUUUUCCUCCUUUAUCGUCGCUUCUCAUCCUUCCUCCUCUCAUCCUCCCGACUCUGAUUGGAUAAGGAAGCAUGAGGGCCGCCUCUGAAUAAUUGAUGUGCAUUGUGCAGACGCCGGACAAGGGGAGCAGACCCAUCAGAGAGCAGGAGAGGAGGAGUGAGCAUGGAGAAGAAGUAGAGGGGGUGCAAGAGGAAGUCAUAAAAGCCAGCGGAGGGAGGGACGGAGGGAGGGAGAUAAGGCGCAGGAAGCUGCCAAAGCUUGCAGACUUUCCUCCAGCAGCGUUUGCGGCGUGACGUGAAUGGGAUGACGUGUGCGAGGGUUGCGCUCAGAUCGGGAAACCAGCACCUGCAGGAGAUGUCAGACUGACUCAGCCCUGCUGUCGUCGUGGUGCGAGGAGCUGGGUCGGCUGCUCCUGCUGCGUCACCAGAAGAACCGGCAGAACGAAUCGCAGGGCAAAGUGGCCAUGCAGCCCGGCAUGAACAGCAUGAAGGCCGGCCUCACGCACAGCGAUGGCUCCUUUCCCUACGACUCCGUCCCCUGGCAACAAAACACUAACCAGCCCCCCGGGUCCCUGUCUGUGGUUACAACAGUGUGGGGCGUCACCAACACGUCACAGAGCCAGGUUCUGGGGAACCCCAUGGCCAACAGCAACAACCCCAUGAACCCCGGGGGGAACCCCAUGGCGUCGGGGAUGUCGGCCAGCGCGGCGGGCCUCAACUCUCCGCAGUUCAGCUCCCAGCAGCAGCAGUUCCCCAGCAAAGGCGGCUCCAACCAGCCGUACAUUCAGCAGGGGAUGUACAGCCGCCCCGGGUACCCUGGGGGUCCCGGAGGGUACAGCGGCAGUUACUCCGGAGGACCCAACCCGCCGCCUGGGGGCAUGGGCAUGACCGCCCAUUCGCGUCCGACGGGUGACUUCACGCAGCCCGCCGCUGCGGCCGCGGCAGCCGCCGUUGCCGCCGCCGCCGCUACGGCCACCGCCACGGCGACGGCCACGGUGGCGGCGCUGCAGGAGACGCAGAAUAAGGACAUGAACCAGUAUGGACAGAUGUGUUCCUCCUUCCAGAUGGGCCCGGCUCAGGGCUACAACAGUCAGUUCCUGAACCAGCCGGGGCCGCGAGGGCCGCCUGGCGGCAUGAAUCCAGCCAGCAUGGGUUCAGGUAUGAACAACCCCAACUUGAGUGGCCCCCCCAUGGGCAUGAACCAGGCCCGAACUCCCGGCAUGGGUCCAUUCGGGGGUCACGGCCAGCGGAUGCCCCAGCAGGGGUAUCCCGGAGGACCCCGGCAAGGCAUGCCCAUGCAGGGCAUGAAGAGGGCGUAUCCUGGGGAGGCUGGCUAUGGAGGUCAGUACGGGCCCAACAGUCAGUUCCCGCCCCAGCAGGGACAGUACCCCAACCCCAACGCCUCCAGGCCGCUCGCUUCACCCAGCUACCCGGGACAGAGGAUGCCAGGGCAGCAGGGGCAAGGGCAGUACCCGCCUGGCAUGCCCAUGGGCCAGUACUACAAGCAGGAGCCUUUCAACGGGCAGAGCACCAACUUCUCUGGAGGAGGAUACUCCUACGGCCAAGGGAAUGGGCCCCCCAGGCCGGGUAACUACCCCCACUCCCCAGUGCCUGGGAACCCCACGCCCCCAAUGACGCCCGGAAGUAAUAUCCCUCCGUACCUGUCGCCAAGCCAGGAUGUGAAGCCCCCGUUCCCACCGGACAUGAAACCAAAUAUGACAGCACUUCCCCCCCCUCCGUCGAACUCCAACGAGGAGCUGAGGCUGACGUUCCCAGUCAGGGACGGCGUGGUGCUGGAGCCGUUCCGCUUGGAGCACAACCUGGCCGUCAGCAACCACGUCUUCCACCUCCGACCCUCCGUCCACCAGACCCUCAUGUGGAGGUCGGACCUGGAGCUGCAGUUCAAGUGCUACCACCACGAGGACAGGCAGAUGAACACCAACUGGCCGGCCUCCGUCCAGGUCAGCGUCAACGCCACGCCCCUCACCAUCGAGAGGGGGGACAACAAAACCUCCCACAAGCCCCUGCACCUGAAGCACGUGUGCCAGCCGGGCAGGAACACCAUCCAGAUCACCGUCACCGCCUGCUGCUGCUCGCAUCUGUUCGUGCUGCAGCUGGUCCACAGGCCGUCUGUGCGCUCCGUCCUCCAGGGGCUCCUAAAGAAGAGGCUCCUUCCCGCGGAACACUGCAUCACCAAAAUUAAGAGGAACUUCAGCAGCGUGGCGGCCUCGGCGGGCAGCACCACGCUCAACGGGGAGGACGGCGUGGAGCAGACGGCCAUCAAAGUGUCGCUCAAGUGUCCCAUCACCUUCAGACGCAUCCAGCUGCCGGCGCGGGGGCACGACUGCAAACACGUGCAGUGCUUCGACCUGGAGUCCUACCUGCAGCUCAACUGCGAGAGAGGCACCUGGAGAUGUCCUGUGUGCAACAAAACCGCAUUAUUAGAAGGUCUGGAAGUGGACCAGUACAUGUGGGGGAUCCUCAACGCCAUCCAAAACUCGGAGUUUGAGGAGGUCACCAUCGACCCCACGUGCAGCUGGCGCCCCGUGCCCGUCAAGUCCGAGCUGCACAUCAAAGAAGACCCGGACGGGCCGCUCGCCAAGCGCUUUAAGACCAUGAGCCCCAGUCAGAUGACCAUGCCCAACGUCAUGGAGAUGAUCGCCCAGCUGGGGCCCGGACCCGGGCCGGGACCCGGCCACGGACCUGGACCCGGUCCCAGCCCUUACCCCCCACACCCCGGCCAACACGGCAGCGGAAACGGGGGCGAUUACCCAGUAACAGGCAACACGUACCACAGCCAGGGGAACUUUGACUUCCCUCACGGGAACGCCUCUGGGGGCGGAGCUGGAGGAGGGGCGGGUCCACCCAUGAGCGAGUUCAUGCACGGGCCUCAGCUUUCGCACCCGCCAGACGCCGGCCCCGGUGGUCUCCUGUCGCAGGACAAGCCCCUCAGUCACGGCAUGAGCGAGGCGAUGUCCCAUCCUGAUCAUAACUCCAUGCAGCCCAGCUUGCAUGCUUCUCCUCAUCCCGGCGGCCAAUCGGGGCCCUCCUUGCAUCACGGCGGCGGCGGCGGCGGUGGCCCAACGGGGCCGCCUUUGCACCACGGCGGUGGUGGUGGUGGUGGCGGUGGCGGCGCCGGCGGAAGCCAGCCAUCGCAGCCACCUCGCCCCUCGCAGCCCCAGCCCCCUCAGCCCCCCGGGCAGAACGCUCACCCGCACGCCGAUCUGACCUUUAACCCCUCGUCAGAUGGCCAGGACAUGCCCGAACCUUCGCUGGAUCUUCUUCCAGAGCUCGCCAACCCGGACGAGCUCCUCUCCUACUUGGAUCCUCCCGAUCUUCCGGCCAACAGCAACGACGACCUUCUGUCCCUCUUUGAGAACAACUGAGCGACGCGUCGGGCCGUCCCGUCCCGUCCCGUCCGCAGACGCCACCUCAGUGACCCGCCACCCCCCACGCCGCACGUGCACAGGCUCUCUUUAUUAGGGUGCGCCGCAAGGGGGUGGGACUUCCAGGGAGAGCAUCCCUGCACAUGUUUUUUUUUUUGUUUUUUUUCCGUGUGUCAAGAUUCCACCAACAGCAUCGGCGGCCAUGUUGGCGGGCACAAGCAGACGUGUACAUAGAGUAGAUAUCCGUGUAUAUGAUACCCCGUGUGACUUAUCAAGUGCAGCUAUUAUCAUCAACAGAGGAAAGCUUUUUAUAUAUAUUCUAUACGAGCAUGAUUUGGCUUUUGGGGGGGGGGGCAAAAAAAUGCUUGUGGGGGCGGAGGGGGGAGGGGGGGUCCUUUUAUAUGUGUGUUUUUGUCUCAUGUGUUCUUCCAGCGGUGCACGAGGCGAGUGCAUGUGUGCGUGGAACAGGAAGCGAGAAGGAAACCUUUGCAACACCGGCACUCCGCAGAUGCUCUAUUUAUUGUGACGUCUCACUCUGUCAGAUUUAGCGCCGUUCUUUUAUUCAAAGUGCCAAUUUGUGCGUCCCGUCGUCUUGCCUCUUUUAUCCCAUUCAUAUUUAUUAUUUUAUUAUACUUUUUUUGUACAUUUUAUGUGCGUUAUUGUACCCCCCCCCCCCCCCAACAACACACACUUGGACGUAAACAUCACCAAAGCAGAUAUUUCCUACAUUUUUUUGUAGUAUUUAAUAGCAGCAUGGACCCCCCCUGUUUUUAUCCUUUUUCUUAAGGGUGGGGGGGCCACCUGCAUGGUCCUACACUGCAGUGCUGGACACGGUACUCUCAUCCCAGUUCAUCCAAAUGCACCCUGGCCUCGUAUCGUCGUAUCGUGUGUGUCCCCGUUUAUUCUUAUUUUAACGUUCGUUAGCCGGUGUGGUGUCCAAAAUGUGUAAAAGCAGCUUAGAGGUCCAAUCCCCCUCCCGUCCCCCCCCCCCCCCCCCGUCCCCCCAAUUGGAUACUUUUUAAAUUGCAUCUUGUGUAUUUUCACCCCAUUUGAUAUGACUUGAAGUUAUUUUGUUUUUGUGACAGGUCUAAUGCAGUACACGAAAAGUGAUGUUUGUUUAACCCCCCCCCCCCCCUUUUUUUUUUUAAGACUUGUUAUCCCUUUACACUCAACCAAAUACUGUUUUUUGUUUGUUUUGUCGAAAGACGACGCACUGCCGCUUUGGGUCUCUCCAAAUUCUCCUCUCCUCUCGCAGCCCACGUGAAAAAUGUCUGACCAUUUUGAAAGCUAUUCAUGUUGAAAAGAAACAUGUACGCGUGUGCGUGUGCGUGUGCGUGUGCGUGUGUGUACAUAAUGUAAAUGACAAAUAGAGACACGAUAAGAAGAAAAGCAAGAAAUGUAUUCAUUUUCUCCACAGGGAGUGUGCAUAGUGUAUUUAGAAUUUGUAAAGCUUGCAGCGUCCUCCUGUCCGUCAGACGUCUCCGCCGGCCUCACCUUGGAUGACCUUGCUGACCUCACCUGUCCGUUCUUGGCAAAUAUACUUUAUGUUCCCCACACGCAAAAUACAUUUUCUCCUUUGUGUAAUAUGCCGUGUAUUUCUCUUGUCACCUGUGUACCUGUGUACUAUAUAUAUACAGUAUAUAUAUAUAUACAGUAUAUAAAAAAGGUGCUACAAAAUGAUUCAGUGAAAAUCCAAUUUGGAGAUUCCGAGUUUGUAUCAAAACAAAAAGACUAAGAAGUCAUAAGAUGUCAAACAAUUUCUCGUUUUUAUGCAAUUCGGUAUAAAGUCCAAUCUGAAGUGCUCAGACCGAUAUUGUGAUUUUUUUUUUUUUUUUUUUUUUAGUCUGACAAACCUGUAUGUCGUAGGAUGACGUGACAUCCUAAUAUUUAUGGAAUAAAUAUGUACCCCGAGAAACGCCAUGUUUGACGUGCCUCUUGAUACGCCAAUUUAAGACUAAAUAAUCGUAACGCCAAGAUGCUGAGGCUUUACUCGUCAUUUCAUGUCGCGGCCCGGGAUGCUGGCUGGUCUCAGAUUAGGAAUAAUUCAUCCUGCAAUCUUCUGUUGCACGUGGAUGUAUUUUAAAAUUGGACAUUUA